AUGGAUGAGAAAUAUAAGGCAAUAUUAAACAGACAUCGUCAAUUAUUGAUAAAGAAUAUAAUUUUAACUGACGAAUUCUAUGAGUUAUUGGACAAGGAGAAAGUUUUACCAGGUGCUAUGAUUAAAGAUGUCAAGGGAGGGUUUAACCAAGAAGAAAGAAAUUCUAGAUUAUUAAAUGCUCUGUUUCUCAGAACGUCGCUAACAUUCAGAAGAUUUCGAGCGGUGUUAUUGAAAUCUGGACACCAUUUCCUAGCUGAUCUACUUUGGGAGGAAGACUAUGAUCACAGUGUACCAGAUGAUACUAUUCUUCAGAAGUUUCCUGGUGUUUUUGAUAGACUUACAGAUGAUAUAAAAAGGAAACUAAUUUUGUCCAUUGAUUCUCAGGUGAGAGAAAAGGCUUUAAAGAUAGCAUGGAGAACUACAUCAAUUGAUAGAGUAUCUAUAUUAAAUACAAGAUCUACUAAUUUUAAACAGGAAAAAACUUUACGAGAAACAAUUGAAGAACAGGAUAGACAGUUAAUGGUAUUUAGGAAUGAUAUAUGUUGUCGAGAUGAAAGAAUCAGGUUACUAACAAUCGAAAUACAGGGACUACAACGUGAAACAGAAUCCUUAAAACAAGCUCAUCAGAAAGAACUGGAAAAACAAACCAACUUCAACAGUGCUAAUAACAAUGCUAUUUUAAGAUUAAAAGAACGCUUUGUCGCUUUUAAUGACAUAAUUAUCAAAUUAAAUCAAUCGGUGCGGAUAUUUCUAGGAGAUGAACUAGAAACGUAUUGUUCAGAUAGCGACAAUGUUAAAUUAUCUUAUCUUGAUCGUAAUUUGAAUAGAGUCUUAUAUAAAGCCAAGGAGGCGCAAAAAUCUUCAGACAUUUACUCCAGCCAGAAAAAAGAGGUGAUGAAACUCUUGAAUAAGUCUGAUCAAAAAUUAACAAUAGUGGAGUUAGUAAAAGACCAUACUGAAAGGGAACAGAACUUGAAGAUAGCUUUAUGGAGAGAAAUUGAAAAAUUAGCUGAUGUGAUAAAAGGUCUCCCCAAAACUGGAAUUUUGCAAAAAUCUUCUUCCAAUGACAAAUUAUUUUCAGAUGCGCGUUAUCUUAAAAAUUAUAUUGCCACUUUACGCGUGGAGAUAGAACAUUUAUAUAAAAGAAUGUCGUGGAAAGAAAGCCAGAUCAAGGAUCUUAAACAUGAUUUGGAAAGUUACAAACGAAAACUACCCUAUAUCAUAAAAACACCACCGCCAUCACCUGACUCUACUUAUGCUCUUAACAUGAGUUAUAUCAACAACGAAUAUUUAGAUACCAAAAGUGAAAAUGACGUCUGUGAUUCUGUUAAGGGAGUGAAGCAAAGGAAAGGUGGAGUAGUGGAGGCCUUUCAGGAAAUUCCCAUAACUUCUCCAAGUCUAUUUGUAGAAUCAAAAAAAGAACGUCAUGUUGCUUUCAGUGAUAUAAACACUAAGCCUAAUGUGGUACAUAAACAUUGUAAAUCUUCAACCUUACCACCAGUUUAA